AUGGACCCCUCAGUGCAACGACUUCUUACUGACAAGCUCUAUGACAAACGCAAGCAGGGUGCCUUAGAAUUGGAAAGAUUCAUCCGUGAAUCCGCAGCGGAUAAGGACCAUGACAAAAUCCAGAAAACCAUCGAACAGUUGUGCCACGAUUAUGCAUACGCUGUUCAUCUACCUCAUGCUCGUAAUGGAGGUUUGAUAGGACUUGCGGCUGCCUCAAUUGCUUUAGGCUCAGAGGAUGUUGCGCGUUACCUGCAGCUGAUCGUGCCACCGGUGCUGGCAUGCUUUACCGAUCAGGAUGCUCGCGUCCGAUAUUACGCGUGUGAAGCCAUGUACAAUAUCGCCAAGGUCGCAAAGGGUGAGAUAUUGGUGUUUUUUAACGACAUUUUCGAUACUCUUUGCAAGCUCGCAGCCGACACUGAACUAUCUGUCAAGAACGGCGCCGAGCUGCUCGAUCGUCUGAUCAAGGACAUCGUUUCCGAGUCUGCGGCUUCAUAUGUAUCAAUACUAAACUUCAACGAGCAAGAAGAAGAUCAAGACUCUGAAAAGUCGAGUGUCGAGUUGCCGAUGGCCUUCUCACUUGCAAAGUUCAUUCCCUUACUCGAGGAGAGGAUUCAUAUCAUCAAUCCAUUUACUCGAACUUUCCUGGUGUCAUGGCUCACACUCUUAGACACAAUUCCAGAUCUAGAGCUUGUGCACUAUCUACCGGCUUUCCUCGCAGGGCUCUUCAAAUUCCUCGGUGACCCAAACCGAGAUGUCUAUGUGGCAACGCAGGGUCUCUUGGAGCGUUUCCUGAGCGAGAUCAAGAAAAUUGCUAAGAUCAAAAGAGGUCUCGCUGAAAGUCGGAGGAGCCGGACUAGCCAUCCUAGACGCGCAUCUGGAAGUCAAGCAGAUAGUGGUACGGCGCAUGGCAGUAGUUCGAAUGAUAAUGCGAUUGAUGACUCGGAAUCUGGUACCGCUCAAGAUGACGAGGUGAAUCCAAGGGACGAGAACAAUGGUGAUUGGAUACCAGGACAGGAUGUUCUGGUCGACCAUGCCAAAAUUCUGGAUAUACUUCUCACGUUUGUUGAUGUCUCCUCUAAAGAGGAGAUCGGCAUUGUCGCCCUUCGAUGGAUCGACAGCUUCUUCGAGAUCAGCCCCGAAGAGAUUCUACAGUAUGUUCCGCGACUCCUGUCUCGUGUCCUGCCUGCACUAUCUGCGCAAUCGGAACAAGUCCGAACAACAGCAAGCAAGCUGAAUCGGUCACUUAUGGACUACAUUGUCACGUUCCAGGAUGAGGUCAAUGUUGAUGAGAGAAGAGGACAUCCAUCGAGCAGUCUCACUCUUCCGCAGACACGGGACACCGAUAUUCAAGAGAAGAGACAAUCGGGUGGCACCAUGAAAAGCCUUCCCUCAUUGCCACCAGGGCAGAGUGAAGCAGCUUCUGAGGCAGCUCCUGAACAAGACCAGUCACCCGCAGAAGAUACUCCCCGGUCCACAGCUGCACCGUCACCACAACCGAUGGCCGAUCUGAAUUAUGCAGCUGCAGUAAACGCCCUGACCUUACAGUUUCUGAACGAACACGAAGAAACUCGCGUCGCUGCUUUGAGCUGGCUUCUAAUGCUGCAUCGCAAGGCGCCGAAGAAAGUCCUCGCCUUCAACGAUGGAACAUUUCCGGCCUUGCUGAAGACACUAUCCGACCCUGCCGAGGCGGUGGUAACACGAGACCUCCAGCUCAUGUCACAAAUAUCGAAGAACAGUGAAGACGGCUAUUUCACGUCUUUCAUGGUGGCUCUGCUGCAACUGUUUUCCACAGAUAGGAAGUUGCUGGAAAUCAGGGGCAACCUGAUCAUCCGUCAGUUGUGCAUCAAUCUCCAGCCCGAGCGGAUCUACAGAACGCUCGCCGACUGCAUCGAGAAAGAUGAGGACAUCGAGUUUGCCAGCAUCAUGGUUCAGAAUCUCAACAAUAAUCUCAUCACUGCCCCCGAACUGGCCGAGCUGAGGAAGAGACUCAGAAACCUAGACAGCAAAGAUGGGCAAAUGUUCUUUGUUGCCCUGUUCCGAGCCUGGUGCUACAACGCAGUGGCAACAUUUUCCUUGUGCCUUCUAGCUCAAGCCUAUGAGCAGGCAUAUAAUCUCCUACAGAUCUUCGCCGACUUGGAAAUGACAGUGAACAUGCUCAUUCAGAUUGAUAAGUUGGUCCAGCUCCUUGAGAGCCCAGUGUUCACAUAUCUUCGCCUCCAACUCCUCGAACCCGACCGCUACCCAUACCUCUACAAAUGCCUCUACGGGCUAUUGAUGCUCCUCCCACAAUCAUCAGCAUUCGGCGCCCUGAAGAACCGCCUGAAUUCCGUAUCCGCCAUCGGACUUCUCCACACCCCAGCCUCUAUGCCCACUUCCGCGCGUCCCUCAGUAGUCGCAGGCAUGGCUGGCACAUCGCUCCCUAGCGCAACCGGCACGGGUACCGUGUCCGGACGCCUGGGCCGGACUCGAGAUGUCAAUACCGGCAGCGACGUCAAGUGGCCGGAGCUGAUGGAGAAAUUUAAGCAGACGCAGGAGAAAGCACGCCGUCGAAAUGAGCGCCUCCUCCGCGGCGAGGACGCCGACGGCAGCUCCGCUUACGCAGCCUCAUCAGGCAGCGCAGGCCGGAGCCUGCUCGACAACAGCGCCAUCGGCGGCCACAACGGCGGACGAGAGUCGCGCACAAGCAACCGCUCCAUUGAACUCGGGGGACGAUCCGCUGGCGGGCGCAGCAGUGCGCUCGGCAGACCGCUCAGCUUCGCGGGAGGGGCUGGAGGAAUGGGCUCGGCGGGAUUGUCCAAGGCAGGCGGUUCCAAUGUGCCAGCCUUGGCGGCUGGAAUCGCCGGUGCGGCCGCCGACGGUAGAGUCGCGCCCCAUAAGCGCGGCCACAGCCUUGCCGGCGGCCUGGGCAAGUUCGCUAGUGGGAUCGCGAGGGCCGGCAGUAGCAGAGAUCGUGAUAAGGAGAAAGAGAAGGGGAAGAGGUGA